UGUUCUCCACCAGUGAUUUCGUUUGGUUUGGUUUUGGGUGUUGCUGCUUUGGGAUCGAAGCGUGCCUUUGUUUGUAUUGUUGUAGCAGCAGCCGUCGAUAGGGUUAAGGCCAUGGAACGCAUCAUUGGCGCCAAGUACAAGCUAGGUCGCAAGAUCGGAAGCGGAUCCUUCGGCGAAAUCUACCUCGCGACGCAUAUUGAUACCUUCGAAAUUGUGGCGGUCAAGAUCGAGAACAGUAAAACGAAGCAUCCACAAUUGCUUUACGAGGCCAAGCUCUACAAUAUUCUACAGGGAGGAAGUGGCAUCCCGAGCAUAAAAUGGUGUGGUGUCGACGGAGAGGAUAAUGUGCUUGUUAUGGAUUUGCUGGGACCUAGUCUUGAGGAUCUGUUUGUUUACUGUGGAAGAAAGUUUUCCCUCAAAACCGUGUUGAUGUUAGCUGAUCAAAUGAUGACUAGAAUCGAAUAUGUGCAUUCUAAAGGAUUCCUACACAGGGAUAUAAAACCUGACAACUUUCUCAUGGGACUUGGUCGUAAGGCAAACCAGGUUUACAUAAUUGAUUUUGGGCUUGCAAAACGAUAUAGGGACUCCUCAACUAAUCGCCACAUUCCUUACAGGGAAAACAAAAACUUAACAGGGACUGCUCGCUAUGCAAGUUGCAAUACUCAUCUUGGGAUUGAGCAAAGUCGACGGGAUGAUUUGGAGUCACUUGGGUAUGUGCUUCUGUAUUUUCUCAGAGGAAGCCUUCCUUGGCAAAACCUAAAGGCUGCAACAAAGAAGCAAAAGUAUGAUAAAAUAUGUGAGAAGAAAGUAGCAACUCCUAUUGAGGUUUUAUGCAAAUCUCAUCCCGUAGAGUUUGCUUCAUACUUUCAUUAUUGUCACUCUCUGACCUUUGAUCAGCGACCUGAUUAUGGAUUCUUGAAGCGCCUGUUUCGGGAUCUAUUUGCUCGUGAAGGUUAUGAUUUUGAUUAUGUAUUUGAUUGGACUAUUUUAAAGUACCAGCAGGCACAAAAGAAUAGGGCCCAACCUCGCAUGUCUACGGUCCCUGGAGCAAGCAGCAGUCCUGUAGUGCCAAUGGAUGUGGACAACAAUCGAGGGGAUGUCUCAGCAGAACGAAUUAAAUCAGGCAAUGUAACUGGUUCCGGUGUUAAAAUUCAGUUUAAAUCACCUGGUUUAAAAAAUCUGGGUUCUGAAAAGCCUCUUGACAAGAAUAUUUUUGGUGAAGCAAAUAUACCCUCUACCUCAUACUCUCUUGCUGGCACCUCAAAAAGGAACUCUUUGAAGCCUGCCUUGUCCACUGAAGCUGCAAACAUAGUAAACGGGCAAGGAAGUAAUAAAAUUGGCCCUUCAAGUAGCUGGAUUUCAUCUGUUCAGCGCAUGUCUUCUGCCAAAUGAAAACCGAUAUGGUUUGGUUCUGAUAUAGAAGAUUCCCGUACACAUUUAUGAAGCUGCAAAAAUUCAUGAUAUUUGCUUGCUUCAACCUUACAUUUUUGGUCAAGAAUUUUCAAGUGAUCUAUCCAGGAGACUGCAAAUGUGCUGCCAGGAUGAUAAAUUUCAACGCUAGUCAUCUUCUGAGACCAUCUGUGUUGCUUUUUUUCCUAAGGUGACUGCAAAUGAUUGUUUGGUAUAAAUUACAGACUACCCAGGCUUGGCUGCUUUGAUGUAGAUAGAAUUCAAAUGUGACACGCAGCAAUCUUGUGUAUCCAUGUUUUUAUGUAAAAUUAAUGCGUGAAUGUAGCCUUGUUUCCCCUUUUUUUUACUUGAUGAUAAUUAUCAUUUGGCCAUAUGAUAUAUAAAUACAUAUAUAUAUGGUGCACAGUUUCGUUUAAAUUGAUUGAUGAUAUUAUGAAUUGUAGUAUAUUUUCAGGUGGGUCUGAUAAGAUAUAUUUGAUUUUUAGUUUUUGGCUUUUGUUAGCCAUUAAUUUUUAGCUGAGUUUUUCUCAUAAAUAUUUAUCAACUAUUUUGGUGUUCUGACUUCUUCUAUCACUGUCAGAUCAUUUGCCUCCGAUGAUGGUAAGUUGCUAUUCCUGUCAAAGUGAUCAUGUUUUAAGAGAAUCUAACUAUCAAAUCAGAGGCAUAAUCAUUGCAGAAUGAUUCCUGAAAUAAUGAUUUCUUAACAGAAACCAAAGGUAGUUUUUGGUAGCAGUUACUACCUAAUACUUCCAACUUGUAGUUUUAUGUUAGUCUGAGAUUACUAAUCUCUAAGAUCUGUAUUUCAUCAUUGGUUUUUUCCAUUUUAGUCUAAAUCUGGAUGCUAUUCAAGAAAAAUCUCCAGUGGACCUGUCACUGUCAAAUUUUGAAUUUUAUUCAAUUAUCCAUGGUUGAUAAACAACGAUUUGCUCUUUUAGAUUACCUCUUUUCAUAUUUCUUAUUUUUCAAAAUUUUAUUUAUGUUGCUCAAAAAGCACUUUUUUACUUGUAGGUGUAGCUUGAAUUUGACGGUCAGCCAGAUUAACUAUAGUCAUUCUUGGGAUGAAUGAAAUCUGGUUGUGUCAAUGUAGUUCAAGGUUCGGAUUGCUGUAUUUUUUUUAGUGCAUGAUAGAACUAAUUGCAUGAGCAGCUUAAUUAUCAAUCAGUUCACACUUUCUCUUUUGCAGGAUUUCUUUUUUCAACCUAUAUUGUCUGAAGGGUGAGAUAUGAGUGACAAUUGGUGUUAUACGGAUGUCAUUGUCAACGGGAACAUACCUAUUCGUACAUAGCACUUUGGGGAAGUACUUGUGACAAGCUUGACAAUUGAUUUUGAUGUUGUUUGUGAUAUGGAUGUUGGUUAAGAUUUUCGAAGGUCUGAGUUUAUUCUUGCUGGUUAUAAGUAGGCCUCUUAAAUCGAAAUAUAUGCAUAGAAAGGAAGUUCAUUUUCGUAGAGUGAGAAAUACAUGCAUAGAAACGAAGUUUAAUUCCUUGUGUAAGUUAUUUCAGUUAAAGACAUUUUUAACGUUUGUA